AUGGAAAGGAUGUUGAUCUCAAGAUCUAAGCAUCGUUCUUCAAUUGAAAUGUGUUCUGAUUGUGGUGCAUCAGAUCCAUCUUGGGCCUCAAUAAACCGUGGUCUUUUAUUGUGCGCGGAGUGCUGUAGUGUUCAUCGGAGUAUGGGUCGACACAUUUCACACGUUAAAUCGCUGAGACAAGGAUCGUGGCCGCCUUCUCUUCUGUCGAUGGUGCAAGCAAUGACAGCUCAAAAUGUAAACAGCAUUUGGGAGCAUUCUUUGCUAGACACAUCUGCUCCAAAACAUCUAAGGAAGAAGCCAACGCCUAAAGAUCCACUACAUCCAGUAAAGUCAGAGUUCAUACUCGCAAAGCACUUGCGUCUAGCUUAUGUACUGCGCGCAAGACGUGACGAACCUCCUUGUGAGCUAGGGCGGCAACUUCAUAGUGCUGUACGGAGCUCGUCUUUGGACACAGGCAUGAGGCUACUGGCACAGGGCGCAGAUCCCAAUUAUUAUAAUCAGGAAAAAGGCAACACGUGUCUUCAUGUUGCGUGUCGCGCCGGGCAACCCGCGCAAGCUGAACUGCUAAUAGCGUGGGGAGCUGAUCCUACGGCUAAAGAUAGCGCAGGGAACACUCCUAGCGAAUGUGCUAGGCUUGGUGGCCACGCGGAAUUAGCGGAGCGAAUGGUGGAAUUAGUCUACGAAGCCACGGACCGAAUGAUUUACUUCUUGACUGGGGAGCGACCGGACCACGCGUCCGGCAGACACUACAUAGUGCCCCGCGCUCACGAUACACACGAAAUGACGGAUGUGGCAAAGGCCGCCCGGGGCAAAUUGCAGCUACUUCCAAAUCACCUGUUCGAAGAACUCGUAAUGGACAUAUACGAUGAAAUAGAUCGACGGGAAACUGAAGCAAUUUGGCAAACGAGUGCUUCUGGUUUAGAGCGUUGUGGAGUUGCUUUCUUGCCGGUCAACCCAGCACUCUCUGCCCCAAGAAACCAAGGCAGACAGAAGCUCGCCCGAUUAUCUUCUCCGGAGUUUGCUACUCUACUGCGUGACGUGUUACUCGACGCGACCAGACGACAAAGGAUCGCCAGCUUACAGCCAAGAGGUUUGUCAGGGCCAAUCAACCCAUUGCUGUCUGCAAGUCACUUAAAGCAAAUCUCUCAGAUGUCGGACGACGAACCGCUGUACGACUCUGUGGCUUCUGAUGAAGACUAUGCAGCCCUAGCUCCUUGUGAUUUGGAUGUAACCUCCUUAGACCCGAAAGCGGGUGAAACGGUGUCGUCAACUUACAACCCAUCUCUACCGGAUCAGUCACACGAACGAACCAACACACCAACGGAUCGAAAUGAGAUUGAUACAUUAAAAAAGGAGCUUGACAAUAGAGACUCAACUAUCACCGAGCUGAAGAACCAAUUGAAGAACUUGCAGACUAUAGUCGAGCAACUGACUAAAGAGAAUAGUGUAUUGAAGACUAGCAACACUGACGAUGAUAGCAUAUCUUCUAAUAACGAAGGGGAAGUGAAGGAGAGGGGGAGGAGUCUAGAGGCUCCGGAAGACCUGAAAAUGAAGGCUCGGCCGGUCAGUAUGUAUGAGACUAGGGAGGGACCACGGAAUAAUUGGCAGGUUACUAAACAUCAGCUGACAAGUAUCCCAGUUUUGGAAAGGUCAUUGACCCAGGGGGCUCUGGAGGUUGGCACAUCAACUUUGAUGGAUAUCGACUCGCCCCGAGAGCCCCUCAAUGCAGAAGUCGUUCAAAUGCGCGCAGAGGCUGUAACUAGAGCCAUACAAGAGCUGUGGUCUGCAGCACGAUUGCAAAGGAGCAGACUGCCGGAAAGAGCAGAGUCCAUACGACGCGCCACCGCAUCGCUGCUUGCAUUGUUCCCGCAGACUUGCAGCGAUUCCUCAUUGGAACAGGUGGUUGGCGAACUCCGUUCAGCUAGCGAGGAGCUUAGUAUCGCAUGCACGGCCCAAGCCCCCAUCGACCAAGUGAGAAAUGCCGCAUACGACCUUGCCAAGGCUACCAAGUUAUUAGUCACACACUUCCAGCCCUCCUAG